ACAAGGAAGGAGUCAAUCAUCACAUUGACUUUUGGUCUUCUCCCUCCGCACAACGGGAGUAGUUUGUAUGUACUUUCUUCAGCCUAAAACUCUUUGGAAUUGUGUUGAGAAAGAAAAGAGAAAAAGCUGAGACUGAAGGAAUGGGUUGGGAAGAAGCUCUCUCUACUCUCUUAACCAAAUCAUUCACCGUCGUUGCCUGGCCUCCAUUUAGCUUGCUUUGUUCCUUGUGUGUUUCUGUUCGGGCAAUGGAGAGUGACUCCCAUUCCAGCAACCAGCAUUGCCUUGCUUUUUGGGUUCUGUUUUCCAUGUCUAUGAUUAUGGAAUGGGAACUUCCAGCGUUAUUUAACUGGAUCCCAUGGUGGCCUCAUGUGAAAUCCUUUGCAACAAUCUUGCUGUUAAUACCUUAUUUUGGUGCUGCACCAUCUAUCUAUAAGUUCUUAAUUAAGCACUACUGCACUUGGAACCUAUAUACGAGGACAUUGAACAUCUUCAGUCAGAAUAGCACACUCUUUGAAUUAGAUGAGGAUAGCAAACUUCUUGACGUCUCUGACCAAACAAAAACAUGUAAGGUACAGGAGAAGAAACUUGUAGAAUAUCAGGGGAGAGAUGAUCUUGCUGGUUGUGACAAGACAGAAAGCAGUUAUACAAAGCUAACUGGUAAAAACCAAGUCCAGAAGGAAUGGAGCUGUGCUUUAUGUCAGAUUAGUACUACCAGUGAAAAUUGCCUAACGGUACACCUUAAAGGAAAGAAACACAAGACUAAGGAAAAAGAGCUUAGAGUUGAGUUUCAUGUACCAAAUAGCACUUACCUGUUAUCCUCUACUCAGAAAAGAAUCAAACGAAUGGUUCUACUAAGUAAUCUCAACCAAAUUGCAAACAUUCUGAAUCCAGUUUCCAGAUCCAUAAGAUGGUGUGGAUGGACAAAGCCAGAGUUUGGAUGGACAAAAUUAAAUACUGAUGGUUCUAUACAAAGAGAAACUGCUAGUUUUGGUGGGCUGCUUCGUGAUUACAGGGGCAAACCAAUCUGUGCUUUUGUCUCUAAAGUUCCUCAAGGAGAUAUUUUCUUGGUUGAGCUGUGGGCCAUAUGGAGAGGCCUUGUUCUUUCCUUAGGUCUUGGGAUUAAAGCAAUAUGGGUGGAAUCAGACUCCAUGAGUGUUGUGAAGACAGUCAAUAGAAAACAACCUUCUUGUCCAAAAGCUGAUAGCUGUUUGAAACAAAUCUGGAAACUAUUAAAGAAGUUUGAUGAAUAUCAGAUUUCUCACUCCUGGCGUGAAACAAAUAGAGCAGCAGAUCAUCUUACUAAGAUGGUUCUUUGGGGAAAUGAUGUGGUUUUGUGGCCAGUUGAUUUUCCACCUAGCCUUUGCAAUAUCAUUAAUGAUGAUGCCAAGGGAAAGAAAUAUCUUAGACGAUAACAUCUGACUCUCGAGCUUUGUUCAUAUUUCCAUCUGAAUGAGAUUGUGGGAGAGAAGUACGAAUAGAAAAGAACUAAAUAACAGAUCUGUAACUGGAAAUGUUGUAGCUUUCAUUUGGAGGUCAGUUGACUGUU